UGUGUUUGGAAACAACACACGCAAAUACUUCACGGGUUUAUGACCAGCCCGAAACUUCUUGAAUCAGGAAGGAGCCUUUCUAUCUUUCACUAUCGUGUUUUGUCCCGUUGACUGUUCGAGUCGCGAAGCCUUCGAAAAUUUAUGCGUUUCUUAAUAUAUUUUUAGUUGGCUUGACUAAGAAAGAAAAUGGAAAAUUCUCAGGUCUCGGAUAUAGAGACGAUCUCGCUGGUCAUUAAAACGCCUAAUCAGUUUCACGGCGAUCAGCUAAUCGAGGGAGUUCGGGUGGACUGGACCGUGAAAGAUCUCAAAUGUCACCUCUCCAAGGUUUAUCCCACCAACCCGGCUGAGAAAGACCAAAGACUCAUUUACUCAGGCAAGCUGCUUCAGGACAACCUGCUCCUGAGAGAUGUUUUCUCAAAGGCUCCUUCAGAGACCAAGCCCACUCUUCACCUGGUGUGUGCUGUGAGACCCCAGCCUGCUGCUCAACUUGGAGCGAGACCCAAGAUGACAUCGGCACAGCAGCAGAGUUCCCAGCCCUCUCCACUAAGUGCUAGCCAAAGCUCAGUGUCUCCAGGACCAUCUGUGACCCCUGUACCCUCCACAGAUGGCCUUAGACAGCGAGGUCAUCCCGCCUGGCCUGGCACUAGCGCUAACACGUCUACGCCUGCAACUGCAGCGAUGACCCACCCAGCCUUUCCAACAUACUCCCUUUACAGUCCACAACAGCUUCUGUGGUUGCAGCAGAUGUAUGCACGCCAGUACUACAUGCAAUAUCACGCUGCCAUGGCAGCCGCUGCAUCCGCUCCAGUGGCCGCCCCUGCUUCUUCACUCCCUGUUGCUCCUCAUCAAGCUACUGUACCUGCAGCUUUACCCAAUCAAGGCCCUAUCAACGACAUGCCGGCCAAUCAGAAUGCCCCAGGUCCUGCAUUCAUCAACCCAGAGGGAGCCAAUCAGAAUCUGCGAAUGAAUGCCCAGGGUGGGCCUGUGAUGGAAGACGAGGAGGACAUGAACCGGGAUUGGCUGGAUUGGGUGUACACCGCAUCCCGAUUGGGUGUCUUCUUGAGCAUUGUGUACUUCUAUUCCAGCGUGAGCCGCUUCGUCCUGGUCAUGAGCAGCCUGAUUAUUAUGUACCUACACACAGCAGGCUGGUUUCCUUUUAGACGGAGACCCCAAGCCAGGCCUCACAAUCAGCCAGCACCAGAGGUCGUUCAGAACCAACAAAACCAAAAUGAGGACAGACAUCCAGAACCUGUGCCGCCCCCUGCUGAAGUGGAGGGUGCCGGUGAUGUUGAACCCCCCUUGACGGCAGUGCCUGUUCCGCAAGUUAGACCACCCAUCCUAUGGACAGCCUGGGUGUUUUUCAAAGCCUUUUUUGCUUCUCUGAUACCUGAGGCUCCACAGGGCGUUGCAAACUGAUCCAGAAAAUGUCGGACAAAAUUGAACUCCAUUAUAAACGACGGCUACAAGUCCUAGAAACGGUAGCACUUUCCAGUCCUUUGGCUAUGUGACCAAUGGUUGCACAUUGUGUAUAGAGAUGCUCUCGGACUUGAAGUUGUAAAUACUGCUGGACAUUUUUUGCACAGCACUUUAGAUAACCGCAAUGGCUGGAAUCAAUGAUAUGGGUCUCCUGGCCUGAUCCUCUUAUAUAGGCUCCAGUCAACAGGGCUUCAUUUUCUUGAAGUGCUCUACGAUGAGUGAUCCAAGGAUUAAACUCAUGGGAUUAUCCUAUUAAGGUUCUAGUAAAAUGGACAACGAAGGCCAUAUAUUGAUUUUGUUCUAAGUGCAUGAAUAGAUGGAGGGUGCUUGGGAGAAUGCAUUUGUGGCACUUUGAAGCUAAUGGUGUUUAUGCAAGUAAAAUGUGCUUACAUGUUAUUUUUUUAAUUGUGCUCCACCUGUGAGAUGAGUAAUGUUAAUAUUUAUGAAGGAGGUUUGGUAUGCGUUCAAGUAUUGUAAGCAGAAUUUGCAAUUCAAUGAGCACCGAAGAGUUGGUUUGUUGACCUCGGGAUAAAACGAAGGCGAGUGAUUUAGCAUCUUCUUUACAUGAAGGAACUGCACUUUGGUACCUGCAACCUGAGAACAGAAAUUAAGAGUAAUAGUUCGGAGAGACUUAAAAAUAUGUUUUUGAUCUGGUAUUUAUCAACACUGUAGCAUCUGUCAUUUCAUUUCAUGUAAAAACAGCUUUGUUUUAUAACAUUAUUAAGAUAAGCCUCUUUGUACCAGAAAAUGAACAAUUAAACACACUUACUUUCUGUUUCAA